AUGUACACUCCCGGCUACGGUUUCUCCAAUGUCCCUCCGAACUUCAACACCGGCGCCCCACCUCCAAACCAGAACCCUCACAUGCAGCCAGGCUCAGUCUCAAAUCAGCCCGGCCAACAGAUGAUGUACAACCCUAACCAAUUCGCUGGCAUGCCUGGUGGCCAGUCCGGCUUCGUUGGUGGACCCAAUCCCGCCAUGAUGUCGGGCGCUGGUCCUGCAGGCAUGAUGCAGAACGCCGGCGGCAUGCCGCACAUGGCUGCCAAUGGUCAAAAGUCUCGUAUCCGCCUUGCGCUCUUUGACGCUGCUCGUGGCAGCUUCCGUCCCCCGCCUCUGGUGGCCAGUGGCCGGAACAGAGAUCUCUUGGCCUUUCAGAACCCCUACCAGGGCAAUCCCUACGGCGGCAAUAUGCCCACGCCUGGCGGCCAACAUGCCAACUUUGGCGGAAUGCAAGGCUUCCCGAUGAACUCGGCUAUGACGCCCCAGCAGCAGCAGCAGAUCAUGAUGCAGCAGCAACAGCAGCGCAUGCAAGCGCAGCAAGCGCAGCAACAUCAUCAGCAGCAUCAACAGCAACAUCAGCAGGCACAGGGACAGGCCAACCAAGGUGGCAUGCCGUUGGGUUCAACUCCUCAGCGACCGAUGAGCGCGGCACAGGGUGGACACGGUUCGCCAAAUAACGCGGUACAACAACAACAACAACAACAACAGCAGCAGCAGCAACAACAGCAACAACAACAACAACAACAACAGCACCAACAACAACAGCAGCAGCAACAACAGCAGCAUCAUCAACAACAGCAUCAACACUCCCAGCAGCCGCAGCAGCCGCAGCAGCAUCCCCAACCGCAACAUCACCAGCCACAGCAACAGCCUCAACAACAGCCCCAACAACAGCAGCCGCAGCAACCUCAGUCUCAGCAACAAUCCCAGCAGCAGCAACAGCAUCAACAACAACAAGCGCAGCAGCAGCAGCACCAUCAACAACAGCAAGCGCAGCAACAACAUCAGCAGCAACAGGCUCAACAACACCAACAGUCGCAAUUUCCGACCCCACAGCCUCAGGCCCAUAGCCAAACCCCUACGACUGCCGCGCAACAGCACUCAGCCUCCGUCACAACCCCCCAGACGCCCACAUUUCCCCAGCACAACCAGAGCGCGAGUAUCAAUGGCGUCCCGCCAUUGUCCACACCCCUUAGCCCCGGUAGCGAGUCGCGGGAGCAAGAGCGGUUCUCGGUGCUGCUGGAAAUUAACCAAGAACUACUGUUUGAGUCGAUGCAGCUGCAACAUACGCUGGGCGAGCUCAAGAAAGAAGCGGGCCCCUCGGGCGAAGGGGAACAAGCAAGAAAACCAACUCCAGAAGAGUCUGCAGUUCAACAGGAUUACAAUCAUUGCAUGCGACGACUCCAAGCGAACCUCGCCUACUUGGCCGCCCUAGCCGACAGGAAGGGCAACGUCCAAGUCCCACCGUCCCCUGCAUACCUCUCCUCCCCGCCCUUAAAUAUGACACUGAGAAUAAGAAACUCGACCCCUCCCGGCGACAUACCCGAAAACAACCCUGAUCCGGUGACAGACCGUGAGGAACGAUCCAAAUAUCUCACCGAGUUGUAUACGAAGCUUCAAGCCUUGUUCCCCAACGCCGAUCCUAAAAAAGAGCCGGCAUUCCAGACUCCGGCGCGCCCACAGGGUCAGCCAGGACAGCAGGGAAUUGGACAAGGGCAACGGCCGCCGAGCCAUCACGCCAGUCCCGCCAUGGCCCAGGCACAAAGACCGAUGCAUAUGCAAAACAUGCCCGGUCAACAUCAACCGCAGGGAAUCGUUCCGUCAUAG